ACUGUCUAAUAUAAUAUUAAGUUUGUGUAGUUUAAUAUUACAUUUAUAUUAAUUUUAUAAUAAAUUGUAAGACAAGUAGCUUAUUGUCUUAGGAAGCACUAAAGCAUUAGACAUGAUGAUUUAACACAGAAAUGUAAGACAAAGUAUAAUAAGUAAUGAGUUCAGGUCUGUUUCUGAAGAGAAAUGUCAUUAUUUUCGUCAUUAAGCCUCAGUAUGAACUUUUCUAAAACAAUCAGUUAUUCUAAAAGCCAUCUCUGUUUCUUCUUUCAGUUCCAGCAUGAAGAAACUGUGCACUUUGUGCCUGCCACUAAUACACCUGAUGUCCCUGUCAACGUCUACCCUGAGUACAGCCCUGUGUACCAACCUGAGUACUACCCCGAGUACAACCCUGAAUACUUCCCUGUGUACUACCCCGAGUACAGCCCUGAAUACAACCCUGUGUACUUCCCAGAGUACGAACCUGUGUACUAUCCCGAGUACAACCCUGAAUACUACCCCGAGUACAACCCUGUGUACCAACCUGAGUACUACCCCGAGUACCAAACUGUGUACUGUCCCGAGUACAGCCCAGUCUACCAACCUGCGUACUACCCUGAGCUCAACCCUGAAUACGACCCUGUGUACUACCCCGAGUACAGCCCAGAGUACUACCAGGUAAUGCCCCCCGAAUUCUACUCCAAACCCCCAACGACGGAGACUGUUGAAGAAGUCUGCUUCCUCUCAUCUCCACAGCCUCCUCACAACCAUCAGCUAAUUCUGCCUGAAAGGAAGCAAACACUGAUAAGAAAUCAAAAAAGCACUACAAUUACAAAUCAGGACCCCAAUGAUGGUGGCCAAGACAUUAUGGUCAACAGGCUUCUGGGAGGAACGGCCAUGUAUCCAACUGAACCUGUGUCUCCAACCGAACCUGCAUCUCCAUCUGAACCUGUGUCUCCACCCGAACUUGCAUCUCCUCCUAAACCUGUGUCUUCACCCAAGCCCGUGUCUCCACCUGAGACCAUGUUGCAAAUGGAGCCUGCAAACACAAAGUUCCAGCCGGAAGAAACUGUGCACUAUGUGCCUGCGAUUAAUACACCUGACUUCGAAGAUGUCCAUGACAACCUCUACCCCGAGUACAAUCCUAUGUACUACCCCGAGUACUACCAGUUCCUGCCACCCGAAUUCUACCCCAAACCCCUAAAGGUUGAGACUGUUGAAGAAGUCUGCUUCCUCUCAUCACCACAGCCUUCUCACAACCACCAGCCAAUUCUGCCUGAAAGGAAGCAAACACUGAUUACAAGUCAGGACCCCAAUGAUGGUGGCCAAGACAUUAUGGUCAACGGGCUUCUGGGAGGAACAGUUAUGUAUCCACCUGAGAGCAUGUUUCCACCUGAGAACGUUUCUGCACCUCAACAUACAUCUCAGCUCAAACCUGUGUCUCCACCCAAACCUGCAUCUCCCUCUGAACCCAUGUCUCCACCCGAACAUAAACCCGACUACAGCACACCAAACACAAAGGUACAGCGUUAAAGUCUGUCUGCAGAUCGCAGACCAGAUCGCAGACAUGCCUUUUUGUCCAUAUUUUUGUAACAGUAAAGUGAUCAUAGACUCUCACAGUAGAACACUUAUCCCUGCUUUGUUAGUUGGGCUCAAAGUGCAGGGUCAGCAAUGAUUGUCAGCGAUGCGGGGAUAAAAACAGACCCAAAUCAGUUAACUCAGGCUUGCACAUUGGUGAUAAAUACAAACACAUUUAAAUAUAAGUCUAAUAUUAAUCUUGAAUUGUUGUAUUAUAUUAAUCUUU